AUCGGGACCCCACCCGUAUCGACUCUCACUCUUAAACGUUUUACUAAACCUUUGAAAGUUAAAGUCUAAACAGCUUCUUUCUAAGCAUUCUCAGUCUGGUUCUUCGUCUUUGAAACUUACAUUAUUUCAAAGCUUCAUCUUUCAAAAUUCCAAUUGUGAAGGGAGUUUAAGAAGUUGAAGGGCAGGUUGACUUUGGAAGGGAAUUGCCUUUGGUGGUAACAACAUUUCUUUGUUAAGUUGGGUUAUGUAAAUUUUACAAUACAAUAUAAAAAUGAUAUGCCUUUUGGUCAGAGGUUGUAACAACAUUUCAUUGUUAAGUUAUUUCUGAGAGUUCACCUGAUUACUUUUACACUUAUGCCCAAAUUUAAUUUUGCGGGUCUGACAUGCUCCGACAAUUGUUUUAUUCUCCUCUUCACUUACAUGUUGGUUGCGCGUUUUAUUGAUCCAGUACCUGUGCCUGCACUUACCAAUCCAAGUAUCAAGGGACUCGGCAAAGCAUUUGCAUGGGAGUUUAUUCUGUCUGUAGAUUGUGUUGUUACUGUUCCCGCAGGUCAUUUUUGAUUUGCAACCUAAAGAAAAGUAAGUUAUGACCCGACGACCAUCAAAUCGCCGCCAUAGGCCUUUAGCCUUCUCCUCAUUUGCCCGUAAUGCGAAUUUGAUGGCUUCCAAGCCCACCAAAUUGAAGCAGCUCAGCUCUUCUAAGUCAGACGAGAAAGCUUCCGUCAAUUCCCAAGAUGACGAGAUUGAAAAGGGUUGUAUGAAAGGGAAGGGCGUGCUCUCUGAAUCUUCCAGUGAAGAAGAAAGUGAUAGUGAAGAAGAAAACGGUAGUGAAGAAGAAAAUGAUGGAGAAAUCGUCCAACUAGACUUUGACUUCUUCAGCCCAAAACCUGAAGAUUUCCAUGGAGUGAAGGUUUUGCUGCAUACUUACCUGGAUGACCACCAGUGGGACUUGAGUGGUUUCGUAGACUUGAUUCUGGGACAAACCACAGUAGGUACAGUGGUCAAAAUAGAAGACGAGGACGACAAAAAUGAUGAUUGUCUAUACUCCAUUGUCACUGCCCUAAACUUGGGUCGGUAUAAGGAUACCAAACCCAUCAAGGAGCUCAAGAAUUUUUUGCUUCGAGCAUGUAAAGAAAAGGACAUUGUAGGUGGCUUGAGAAUGCUUUUGAAUGAGCAAGCACAGGAUGUAGGACUCUUGGUCAUCAAGCAUGUGAAUAAUUUCCCUCCUGAGCUUUUGCCUCCCCUUUAUAAUAUACUCUUCAAUGAAGUGGCACAGGCGGCUAAACAUGAGCCAACUUAUUUCAAAUUUAAGGUUUAUCUACUGAUAACCAGAAUUUACAAGCUUAAUAAUGCCAACCAGCGGAAAGGUGCUUCAAAAAGUGAUAGUGACGAACCAAUAAUAUAUGUAUGGCCUGAGGAUGAAGUUUUUCAUAAGUUAAGCUCAUGGACCUUCACCUUUCCUCUACGAUCUCGGCCAACUGACGAGAUGAAGAACUACAAACCCAUGGGACUAGUCAUGGCCCUAGAAGCAAAAAAAGUUCCGACUUUUCAGAAAGAGCUGCAAUCUCUAAUUAGUGAAUCUUGAGGACAUUAAAAUCAAUGGCGUAGCUGCAUGUUCAAUUCAUCCUCAUUCUGCUUGCUUAAAUAUCAGAAGUAUGAGGAUUCGUCCUAUUUUUGUUUUUCAGCUCCUUGAUCUUGGUCUUCUAUGUUGGCCAAUGGUGGUGAAAAUCCUUGAUCUUGGUCUUCUAUGUUGGCCACUGGUGGUGAAAACAGAUCCAGUUUUGUAUGUUUAGUGCAUGUCUAUGAUUUUGCUGGCUAUUGUCAUGCUAAAUAUCGAAGAAUUUCAGUAUUCAAUAUCUGGUA